AGGUCACACUUCCUGCAAAUCUCAUCUUUAAAUUUGCAAAUGUAAUUAGUAAGGUACUCAUUAAUGAGUGAAGGAUCAAAAGGUGGAACGGUGGCCAAGAAGCAAUGGAGAAUAAAGGUUUAGAAGGUUCCCCAUCAGACCUAAAGUUAGUGGCUCAUCCGAGAGCAAAGAGUAAAGUGUGGAAGUACUUUGGGUUUGAUACCAAUGCGGAAGGAUGCAUAUUACAGUGGAAGAAAAUCUACUGCCGUAUUUGCAUGGCCCAGAUCGCCUAUUCGGGAAACACGUCCAACCUUUCCUACCACCUGGAGAAGAAUCACCCCGACGAAUUCUGCGAGUUUGUGAAGAGUAACACAGAGCAGAUGAGGGAAGCCUUUGCCACUGCCUUUUCAAAAAUCAAGCCAGAGUCGUCACAGCAGGUUGUCCAAGAUAACCUAAUUAUGAAGACCUACCAGAAUUACGAGAACAAGAAGCACCAGGAGCUGACGUCGGCCGUCAUCAGCCUGAUCUGCGAGGGCAUGUACCCUGCCUCCAUCGUGGACGAGCCCACCUUCAAAGCCCUCCUAAGAACGGCUGAUCCCAGGUAUGAACUCCCCAGCCGGAAGUAUUUCUGUACAAAAGCUAUUCCCGAAAAAUACAAUGCUAUUAGGGAGAUUGUACUGAAGGAGCUCACGGAGGUUCUGUGGUGCGGCAUAUCCACGGACAUGUGGAGGAGCGAGAACCAGAACAGGUCGUACGUGACGGUGGCGGUUCAUUUCCUCAGCAGUAGCCCGGCCAACUGCCUGGCCGUUAACUCGCGGUGUUUAAAGACAUUCGAAGUACCAGAGGAUAACACUGCAGAGACUAUCACGCGAGUCCUCUACGAGACCUUCAUUGAGUGGGGGAUCAAUACAAAAGUCUUUGGUGCCACGACGGACUAUGGUAAAGACAUUGUGAAAGCUUGCUCCCUCCUGGAUAUUCCAGUGCAGAUGCCCUGUUUGGGGCACACUUUUAAUGCAGGAAUACAACAAGCUUUUCAGCUCCCCAAGCUGUGCGGCCUUCUUGCCAGGUGCCGAAAGCUGGUGGAGUAUUUUCAGCAGUCCACGGUAGCCAUGUACAUGCUGAGCGAGAAGCAGAAGCAGCAGAACAGCCUGCACUGCAUGCUCGUGAGCGACCGCGUCUCCUGGUGGGGCAGCACGCUCGCCAUGCUGCAGCGCCUCAAGGAGCAGCAGUUUGUGAUCGCCGCCGUCCUCGUGGAGGACAGCAACAACCACCACCUCAUGCUGGAGGCCAGCGAGUGGAACACCAUCGAAGGCCUCGUGGAGCUCCUGCAGCCCUUCAAGCAGGUUGCGGAGAUGAUGUCCGCCUCCAAGUACCCCACGAUAAGCAUGGUGAAGCCGCUUCUCCACAUGCUUCUCAACACCACCCUGAACAUCAAGGAGAAUGACCUGAAGGAGAUCAGCAUGGCCAAGGAGGUAAUAGCUAAAGAGCUCUCCAGCACCUACCAGCACACCCCUGAGAUAGACAUGUUCCUCAACGUGGCCACUUUCCUGGACCCUCGGUACAAAAAGCUACCAUUUCUUUCGGCCUUUGAGCGGCAGCAGGUUGAAAACAGAGUGGUGGAAGAAGCAAAAAGCCUGUUGGAGAAAGUAAAGGAAAACACCUUUAGGACUGAAGAAAAGUUCUUUGCAGUUUCAGAAGAACCUCCCGUGAAGAAAAUAAUCAUCUCUUCCACCCCUCCGCCGACCAGCGUGAUCAACAACAUGCUUGCGGAGAUCUUCUGCCAGACGGGAGGCGUGGAAGACCAGGAGGAAUGGCACGCGCAGAUCGUGGAGGAAUUGAGCAACUUUAAGUCGCAAAAGGUCCUUGGUUUGAACGAGGAUCCCCUAAAGUGGUGGUCUGAUAGAUUAGCACUGUUCCCGGUUUUACCAAAGGUUCUUCAGAAAUACUGGUGUAUUCUGGCCACGAGGGUCUUUCCCGAGCGCCUUUUUGGUUCUUCUGCCAAUGUUGUAAGCGCUAAGAGAAACCGGUUAGCCCCGGCUCACGUGGAUGAGCAGAUCUUUUUGUACGAAAACACUCGCAAUGGGUCUGAGGCAGAACCAGAAGAUGAAGACGAAGGGGAGUGGGGCUUGGAACAGGAGCAGAUUUUUAAUUUGAAUGACUCGGUAAAUGUAAACAACAACUUCUUUAACAUCCGUGACAGCGGGUUUGUUUAACAAGACUAUCGCGGUACAUUCAAAAACAAACAAAAAAAAGGUAUUUGUCUUAAGUUACCAAAAAUACUUCUGUUUGAUGCUACGGAUGCUGUAAAUAUUGAACAGUUGUAACAAACUCAAUUUAGCUUCCAUUGUCUCUGUUUUUCCCACUGUCUUAAAACAUGAAUGACUUGUGAUUAAACAGCACUGAAAUGAAUGAGGAAAUAAAUUCUACAAAGACCGUGAUUUCUGCCUGUGGCCCAGAUUUCAGAAAGCACUUAUCCAUGUGCUUCAUUUCCACUUCCUUCAAUGGGACGUAAACACGUGCUUAUGUGCUUUCUGCAACAAAAAUAUUUGCCUGAAUUAAGACCCUAAGCGAGGGAGUUCUUAAUAGUUAUG